AAAGUGCUCCCAAACUGAUACUCACAGAGAUUACACGCAUCUAAAUAGCGCCCAAACCAUUCACCUCCGCAUAGAACCCCAUGCACAAUACGGUACAAUGUCCUGCAUCAACUGUCCAUCCAAUUAUCGUGUAGUUAUGGAGACCAAUGGGCCGACUAUUACCGAGCAGCCACCACCAGCAGCGGUGCAGCCAUUACCUCCCGUACAAUGUUCAUGUCAGCGUAUUUUUCAACAGCAACAACAGCAUCCCCACCAUCCACUGCAACAGCAACAGCAACAGCAACAGCAACAGCAACAGCAACAGCAACAGCAACAACAUCAACAGCGGAAGCCGCAACCACAAACAAGACAGCAGCAAUCGCUGCUAUACCAGCAACAACAACAACAACAACAACAACGCCCAGAACAGCCUUUAGAACAGUUGGUAACAUGCUUCCAUCACCAGCCAGCAGAGCAGUCGUCAGCCAAUAGCAGAUCCAGCCCACAAGACUCUCAAAAUUCCCAAGCUUCCACUGCCACCUCAGCUGGAGCAUUUUGUAAAAGUUACUACCCACGAUCUACAUCUGAAUCCGGUGGCCAGUUAAGCUGUAGGUGUCCAUUCGAAAUCUCCAUAUCAUCGGCGCAUCCCCCGGCUAGACCGUCCUAUGCAAUACGUCUGCCUAGUGGCAUGGCGCCUGCGGGUAGUCCCGGCAGAAAUUCGACAAGUGAUGACGAGUUCUAUUCUCUUAGUUCAGCGUCAUCUGAACGGGAUGAUUGCAUGCCACCGUCGGCAGGCAAAGGGAAUGGACAGAAUAAAAAAGAAAUAACCACAAAGAGAGAAUUUAUGGACUGCGAAUUCACUUCGCCCGGGAAAGAGAAAAAGCCAAAGUCGAAUAAAAACCCGCCACGAAAUGUGGCUAUACUUCAAUUACUACGCGAAGUAGUUCAAUUAAUCAAUCAGUCGGACGAGAAUGGCAGAGCACAUGGUUGCGAUGUGGCACCGACAAAAAUGCAUAGUAUCGGUGCGCUUGGCUCGGAGCAGCCAGUGGCGGAUAAUGGCCCUUUCAGUUCCGGCUUCAAAAUAACAUUCACGCCGAGUCGCAAAGCCACCAGUCCUAAUGCAUCAUGCGCACCUUCGGAAAUGUCCGAGCCGCAGCCUCUAGGUCAGCCCAUAAACAUACCACUGCAGUUGCCAUGCAAUCUUAUCAUCACCCCAAACUUGCUGACGUGCGCGCCUUGCCCGCAUGUCCCCGCUUGUGCGACCAAAACGCCACAGCAGAUGCAGAUUGCGCCGACACGAGAAGUGGGCACAAAGUGCUCAACGAAACAGCAAAUUCGGGAAGCAACCGCUGAGGAUUUUUGCAGCUUGAAGGGAUUGCCUAGCAGCUGUAUUGGAGAUCUCGAAUUGAUCGAGGAGAUAGCAGCGCUGGCGUUGACAGCCGAACCUAAACAAUGCACAGAAUCAUCUAGAUCAGAAUCCAAUGACGUGGCAUCUAGAAAGGUUUCUCCCGAAGAAUGCAUCUGCAAUCAGCCUUACAUUUGUCCGGUGCAUGGCUUUUACAUGCCAGUGGUCGCACAAGGCGAAACUUCAGUGACAUGUGACUGUUCGCAGCCCAUCGACGAGGAAGAAGAAUGCAAUGGCAUGUAUGGAGAGAACACCGACAUCGUAACGGAACCGAGCCAAUCGCAAACACAUGUCUCGUCAGCUCAAUCGGCAACAACCAAUGCAACGAAGAAGAGUGAUGGUAGAGAAUGCAGCUGCUGCCAUUGCCAGGCAAUGCGUGACAAACAAAAUUGCCUGACCAUUGCGACAACGGAUCAGGCGCAGGACCAGUACAAUUGCAGAGAAUUGAAAUUCUUUAUCGAUUCUAUAAUAAUGGACCUGGAUGCGAUGGAUAAGGCGCGGCGUAAAAAACAAAUCGAACAGAACACCACGCCAACGCGCGCCUCGGUCUGUUCACGUCAAAGCUUCCCCGUUACCAUCACAGAGGUUAGCGAACUGGGAGCCUCAUCACUAUAUGUAAAGUGGGUUAUCCACGACUGCUGCGGCAUUGGUGGCUACGAGAUCUACGUGGAUGGCUAUUUGACGAAUCGUUAUUUCAACUGCAAUCAUGAGGCGGCUGUAGUGUGCGAUGUGGAUGUGACAAGGUCACAUAAAGUCGUAUUGGUUGCGCAAACGAAACAAACCGACUGCAGUUGCGGCGACAGCAUGGAAAACAAGGGCAAGGAGCUAAUGCGUAAAAGCGAUGCUGACAAAAUGGAUAGAUCGACUGCUGCGCCACCUUGGUCGCUGUGGACUCCCAGCAUUUAUUUGUAUGAUCCAUGCGACAGAAAGGAUGGACCAUCCAUCCAUUGUGGAACAGUAUGACUCCGUAGUGAGACCAAACCGCCUGCUGCUCCCCCAUUGAUUUUGGCUGUCCGUGUGUGGGCGCACUUUUUUUUAAUACAAACUUACUUACAUACAUAUGUACAGACUUUGCUGAAUGUGGGCUGUGUGGAACUAUCACAAUGGCGUUUGGCAAGGAUGCAACAUUAUAUUACCAGAAAAUGGGUUAUCUCACGCUUGACUAAAAUACUAAAGAAAACAAAAAGAAAAACACAUAAAAUCUUGGGGAAGAACUUAAAAAUUAAGCUUUCAGUUAGAUUUUAACGAAAGCAAAAAUUAACAUAAAAUGCUAGUCAGUGAAAAUUAAAAGUUAAAUCUAAAAUAUCAUAAAUCCACCAUUGGGCCAAAAUUAAUUUUUGCUAUGAAAAUUACCGAUGAGAAGAGAGGAUGUAUGCAAAAAAAAAACACAAAAAAAUUAACAGAAACCUCAAUGAGCAAGGCAAUGGACCAAAGGAGUUCGAAUAUGAGUACUUGUUCGUUUUAAAAAUUACCAACAACAAAAAUAUUACAAAAUAUCUAAAAUCCAACAAAAAAAAAACUUGUGCAGUUGAACUGUAUGUAAAAAUUAGAGUUUUCACGUUGUUCAAAUUUGUUAUUGGAUACAUACCGUAACCUGGAAGGGUUUCUAUUGAAGAACCGCUUGAAAUCACCACUGUCCGUAACUGUUAAAAUACUUGGGACGCUUGUUUUCAAUAACAAAUUUGAAGCAACCGAAUGAAGUUGAAAUAGUUUUACGAACUAGCCGAUAGUCCUUUGAUUAUCCGAUUUGUAAAAAAAACAGCAGCAUUGCUUGCAUUGUUGAUACAUAUUGCAUUUGGCUGGCAUAUUCUCUGCUUAUAUGGGUAUAUGUACAUAUAUGUGUACAUACAUAUGUGUGUACAAAUAUGGCAAAUUAAAAAUAAAUAUGCAACAGCAGAUGAGCGUCCGAAAAUGUGUAGUGUAUGUGUACGUUUUAAUAAAUAAAAUUUUAAUGUUAAUUGAAAGUAAAAAAAGUGCCUUAAAAAUUAAUUUAAACACAUUUGUAGAAAGGAAAAUAAUUAAGCAAAAUAAUAUGCAAUGACGCCAGGAGCAAUGAGCAAUUAGUUUAGUACAUACAUACAUAUAUUUCAUUUACUUUUAAUUUAUACAUAUUUUUUAUUUAAGGUAAAUUGCAUUCACACAUCAACCCACAAAUCGAAUAUCACAAAUCUUAAUUUGACUUAUUGAGUUUUAAUGCGAAUAACUGUAGAUUUUUUUUAUUUAUAAAUCUGUGUAUAUUUAAGUUUUUUACAUUAUUUUAUUUUGUAUAAUUCAUUUUGUAAUCACUCGCUACAUGGAUAGUUACAGGGCUACAGGGUGACCAUUUUUUACCCUUAUCAAAUAAUGCGCUCCGUCCUCGCUCGCUCGCUCUCUCUUCUGUUGUAAAUAAAAUACUCUUUCAAACGCCUUUUCAUGUGGGCUCGAAAAACUUCAUAUGUAUAUCUAAAGAUGCUUUUAUCAAAAACUCGUUGUGCUA